AUGGCUUCUCUUAAUGAAACAACCGUCAUUCGAAAAGCUCGCCAUAAAGAAUUUUCACGAUUCAAGUUGGAAAAUGGAGGGGAAGGUAAACUUAAAAAUUCUUCAAGCUGUAAACGGUUAGAAAUGUGUGUUCCGCGAAAGAAAGCGAGCGGUAGCAAAAAAUCUGCGAAGGGCGGCAAGAAGAAGAGCGGCAAGCAGCAGAAAUCAUCACAGUCUCCAUCACAGCCUUCGCCUGCGCCGACAGCUCCAAAGAAGGGAGAAUCACCAGCAAAGAAGGAAGAGAAAGCACCAAAUAAGGGACAAGAAAUAAAUUCGGUCGAAGAAAACCCGGGUGAAAAUAUUCUAGCGAAACCCUGUGCAAGCAAGAAAAGCCAAAGGAGCCGCUGCACAUUAAAGUGCCACCUCCACGGAUUAUGUGAGUUUUUCGAUGAGAUAAUGAAUCAAUUUGUCUGA